AUGACCAAAUCUGAACCCCAGCUCGCCGAGGACAUCUUUCAAAUUGCACAAGAAGCUUACGCACGUUUUCCCGCGAGUAGUAAACCGGGAAUACGAUCUAACGGCGUGAAGGAAUGGACGGUACUAGCAGCAGUUGUUGCAAUAGAUACUGACAACGAUACUCUCCGAUUAGUUUCUGCCGCGUCAGGAGUGAAAGCAACCCCCGAUGAAGAUCUCAAACGUAGUCAGGGUCGAAUUUUACACGAUUGCCACGCGGAAAUCUUGGCCCUGAGGGCCUUCAAUGCCGUGGUCUUGAGACAAAUAAAGUUUCUCGCGAAUGGGUGCGAUACACCAGAAGAUAUUGAUCUCGUAGAGAAGAUAGACGAAUCCUUUCGUGUACGUUUGCGAUGGAAAUUUGCACUUUAUAUUUCUAAGUUGCCUUGUGGCGACGUUAGUAUGAGUUUCGACGCAGGCGAUGAAAUGAAGUUUGAAGAGUCAGAUCUGCUUCAAUACAUUAAGCCGACCAAUAGAUUCAUUUUACGAGGUCGAUUCAACCACAGUAAGAGGGGGUUUGUGCGAACGAAACCUGGGCGUCAGGACUCAAGUCCCACAUUUUCGAAAUCUUGUACUGAUAAAUUAUGUGUUAGACAAGUCUUAUCAAUGCUUAAUAGCCUAACAUGGAGUCUGCUAAAACAGCCGGUAUUUUUGAGCUACGUUGUGGUUCCUGAGCCAAAAGAUGGGUUUAUUGAUGAGGUGAACAAGAGCUUUCAGACACGAUUAAACAUGCCAGAAGUGACGACAAGCAUGAAAUUCAUACCCUGCGCCGCGAAUUUCCAAGACGAUAAACUAGAUGAACAGCAAGCACCAGCUGCGACUUGUUCAACAAUGUUGAACGUUUUAAAUGGUAAAGGUACUCUUCAAGAAUCGAUACUGAAUGGAAUGAAAAAUGGCUUUUACGUCAAAAAGCCUAAACCUCUCAGAAAUAACUGCGAAUCGUGCGUAAGCCGAUCGGCGCAGUGGGAGCUGUUUCGAGAAAUCAACCGCGACAAUAGCCAUCUAUCUUACCUUGAAUUCAAAUCGAGACAAUUGGGACGGAAUGCACUUAAAGUCAAAGUGCAACUGGCAUUGUCGCCCGAUGGAUGGAUAGCUACCAGGGAAGAUGACUGCCAUGCCGCUAAAAGUAGGGACCUCUUACGAGGCCAAAGUGCUAUUGGCACUGCCUCCCGAUGGCUGAAUAACUGA